UAAGAAUACUGGACCGGAAGGAAAGGAUACGCCGACCCGCAUCGGAUUCCACUGCGUUGCGUGGCCUGUUACGCGUGCCAGGUGUACUGGUCGUGAUGGGCGACCGAAUACGGUGGGGUCCCCGGCGCGCGCUGCUCCUGUACCCACGCACGAUCCCACCGCACGCCGUGGACUCGGCCUUGGUGCGCCGCGGUGGGCCGGACGCGGGAGGUGUGGGUCGGGGCUGCUGGAAGCCUGGAACCUGGAAUGAUCCCAUCCGCCUCGGAUCCCUGGGCAGCUGGACCCGCAUCGGGUGGAAGAAUACUACUCUGCUUUGGUCUUGUGUGGAAGAAUACUGCGGCGCGGCGCCUGCUCCAACGCGGUUGCAACUCCUCCGCCUGCGUCUUCGUCGUCAUGGGUGCCUCACAGCCGCGGCCAGUUCGACUUCCCCCAAAUCCGUUUGCCACCGUACGUGCCGUCGGUGUGCUUUGCCCUCAUCUCGUGAGAUGCGAGACGGGUGCGGACAGCGCUCUCGCCAUACCUGUCGUACCGCCAGUUCGCCCAUGCUAGCCGCGUAGACCGACACACAACAGCUGCAGGAGAAGACGCUGUGUGGUGCGUUCCUCCACAUCGUCUCCAUGCCUAUGCACUGUCGAAGUAUGGGCGCCGGAGCUGUUCUCUGGUCUACGGCAACAGGGAUAGUACCGCUAUCACUUUGUUUAUUAUUACAUGGCUCAGUCUAUGCUCUCCCUCCCCUCUUCGCAUUUUAGAUCCCUAUAUCUACCGAUGUCCUCGAGGACUCUUUGGGUUUGUUAUUUUUCUGAGUCGUCAGCUACCGUGAGAGUCGCUCGCUUUGCUGCUGAACCCUAGAACUUGCCAAGGCAUCUGUUGGUGCGCGUGUUAGCUAUUGUUUUAGCCAAUCAUUUGCUUUACAAGAAAAGAUCUGAUGAAUCUGUGUUACGUUCCUUCUUUGUUUAAACCUAGGUAAUGUUUUCUAUUAUACACUAACCUCUGUUUUCUUUGUUUCUUGUUCUUUUUCUCAGGGAUAGGACCUCCCAGCGAGAGGACCCACAAUGGGUUAGAUCCCAUAGUGCAACUUACGCUCUGGAUGUGAGUUCGUAUACUUUGAAGGGGACGUCGACCUGAGACCUUCAGUAGAGAUAGCAUCACAACAUUUGGGGAGACGCUCCGCGACGAGGCUGAAGGAGAACAAGUACUAGACGCACCGUGCACGGUUUCUAUCAAAGGGGCAAGAUGGCAGAGGUUCUGAUUGGUAGCCUUAUGAUUGGGAAUUGCAGUGACCGGUUGUGUGUCCGUGUCUCCCGUAUGUGGGAAUUUUAUGAUCCUCAGGAUGAGUCCAAUCUCCUCCACGCUGAUAUGGUCCUCAUCGAUGAGGAGGGUGGCAGUGCUCAUGCUCAAAUAUACCCUCCACUCGCUGCCGUUUUCAAGCCCAUGAUAAAGGAGGGCAAUGUCUACAACGUCUCCUAUGUUCAGAUCAAGAAAGCAAAUAGGAUGUACAAGCCUGUUGACAAUGAUAUCAUGAUCGGUUUCACAAAAUGGACGACAAUUGAGGAGCUUAUUGAAGUGCCACCGGCUUUUCCAGAGAUUGUUUACUCCCUCACUCCCUUUGACCAGCUUACAACCCUUGUGGACAUUAGGGAGUAUUUCAUAGAUGUCAUUGGCGCGGUCACCAUGAUCUCGGAUGUCGCAACCAUUCGUACAAAGAUGCGCCAGACUCAAACAGCAAAGAGAUCCGUCACUAUACAAAAUGAGAGCUGUACUCCCCUUGAGGUUGUGCUGUGGGGUGGGCAGGCAACCUCCUUCCCGGCUGAUCAGAUUAGUAUUGCCGGCCAGGACUCACUCCAGAUUAUUAUCUUUGUUGGUACUCUUGCUAGAUCCUAUGCUGGUACCACUUCACUGACAGGUGGAUCGUCUUGCAAAUGGUACGUGAAUCCGCAGGUUCCAGAGGCAACAAGCCUUGCAGCCAGCUUGCAGCAUAAAAGGAGCCCAAUUAUGUCUGCUGCUGGUUCGACGCAGCGUGUGCCGAGGAUUUCUACCGCUGAGCAUAAGAAAGUAUCUGAAAUCAAACACCUGCAUCCAUUCAAGCAUGAGAAAGUUGAGUGGUUGGUAACAGUUACCGUUCUUAAGAUUGAUCAACUAUGGUGGUACGAGUCCUGUAGAAAGUGCCUCAAGAAAACAAAGCCUCAUGGUGAUGCCUAUAAAUGCUCGGACUCUGGUUGUGGCCAUGUUGGUCCGCCUAAUCCAAGGUACAGGUUGCUCAUCACAGCAGGCGAUGAGAUAGGCGAGACUGAUUUCAUACUAUUUGGACGUAUGGCACAGCGCAUUGUUAAGAAACCACUUGACAUCUUGAUCGCGGAUAAUCCAGCCAGAUUUAUUCCUGAUGAAAUAACUAAGCUGGUGGAAAAGGUGUACACAUUCAACGUAAGCUUCACAGACAGCACCAUUGCUUUAGGCAAUGUGUGUUUCCAGGUUAACACGGUUGUCGCCGAGAUUGGUGAUGGAGGUCAGGUUCCAAUUUCACCCAGUGGAUCCCAACCUUCAUCAAUUUCGUCUGCGUGGGCUGCAUCCAAGUCUACAUCAGCAGACUCUGUCCCAACUGGAGGUACCUCUUCUCAGACACCACAGAGCACCAAAAACUACAGCAAGGAUAAGCGUGCAAGAUCGCCAACGCCACUAUCAAAAGGUGGGUCCUCAGUUACCAGGCAGGUUGCGAGGAAGAUAUUGGGAGGCUCACCUGAUAAAACUGGUGAUGGCCAUGACUUGGCUUCCGGCAUUGCUGAUUCUAGCCUUCACAAACCUGCAAUCUGAACACGUCACAAAUGAUGUCUUGCCUUUUGUGGAUGUACAUCUUGGUCAGUCACAAAUGAUGUCUUGCCUUUUGUGGAUGUACAUCUUGGUCACCUCUGUUUAUCGCUUUUGUGGAUGGAUUGUUCAGCUGGCUUUAGUAGAUGGAAUGACUCUGCACUUGUAGUUGCGUAAUGUUUGUGCUUAGCUGUCUGGAUUGUGCCGGCCAAGAGUUGGCUCUAGGUACCUUGUAAAUAGCUCUGGUUUGGUUGCCUGUCCCUCACUGUAUCAACUAGCCGUAAACUUGGACCAUGUAAUCUUAUUCUGCACCAGUUUCCAGCUGAAACAAGCCUCAACGUCA